UAAUUUGACGCGAGAAUCUGCCGACUUAUCCCCGCAAGGUGGAAAGCUACCCGUAACCGGCACACCGGACACAGACCCGACCAAUGUCCUAGGAAAUCGAUAGAGUUAGUACACACACACGACCAAAAUGCAGUCAAUGAAAGCCGACGAGCUGCCGGAGAAUCCGCGCGAGACGUCAAACAUCUUCUCAUCCCUGAUGUUCUGCUUUGCCAUGCCCACAUUCUUCAAGGGACGCAAGAAGACCUUGGACGAGAGCGAUUUAUACAGGGCGCUGCAAGAGCAUAAAUCAGAUCACCUGGGCAGCAAGCUGAGCGCGGCGUGGGAGAAGGAGGUGGAGAAGAAGCGCAAGAAGAAGAAGACCCCCAGCCUGCUGAAGGCCUCGAUGCAUGUGUUCGGCUGGCGCCUGGCAACCCUAGGCCUGGUGCUCUUUAUCUUGGAGAUCGGUUUCCGAGUUACCCAGCCGCUGUUCCUGGGACGCCUGGUGGCCUACUAUGCGGACACGGCCAACCAAGAGGGCGAUAACCAGACAAAGGCCUAUCUGUACGCCCUGGGCGUGAUCUUGACCAGCGCCUUCAACGUCCUCUUUAUGCAUCCCUACAUGCUGGGCAUGUUCCACGUCGGCAUGAAGGCCAGAAUUGCCAUGACAAGCAUGAUAUAUCGGAAGGCGCUGCGCUUGAGCCGAACGGCACUGGGCGACACCACCAUCGGUCAGGUGGUCAAUCUCAUCUCGAACGAUGUGGGCCGGCUGGAUGUCUCCGUCAUCCACAUGAAUUAUUUAUGGCUGGGCCCCGUCGAGAUUGGCAUUAUCACAUAUCUCAUGUACAGGGAGAUCGGGAUCUCUGCCUUCUUUGGCGUGGCCGUGAUGCUGCUCUUUAUCCCUCUGCAGGCGUAUCUGGGCAAGAAGACCUCGGUGCUGCGAUUAAAGACCGCACUAAGAACGGAUGAGCGAGUGCGAAUGAUGAACGAAAUCAUCUCGGGCAUCCAGGUGAUCAAGAUGUACGCCUGGGAGAUUCCUUUCAGCAAAAUGAUCAACUAUGUGCGCACUAAAGAGAUGAAUGCCAUCCGGAAUGUGAACUAUAUUCGUGGCACGCUGCAGAGUUUCAUCAUGUUUGUGACGAGGAUCUCGGUGUUUGUGAGCUUGGUGGGUUUUGUGCUGCUGGGAAAACUGCUGACCGCCGAGAAGGCCUUCGUGAUUACCGCCUACUAUAAUAUCCUGCGCAACACCAUGACCGUCUAUUUCCCCAUGGGCAUCUCGCAGUUCGCGGAGCUCUUGGUCUCGAUCAAACGUAUCCAGACUUUCAUGCUGCAUGAGGAGACCAAGGUGCGGGACAAGUCGGAGGAUCUGGACGAGCAGAAGCUGGGCAAGGCAGGGCUUAUAGCCGAUCCGGCUUUGGCCCAGACCACUGGGGUUCUGAAGCCCGAAAGCCGGCGCAGCAGUGCAGCGGAGCAUAGUAUCAACAUUAGCAAGCUGAAGGCCAAGUGGGAUCCGAAGAGCACCGACUACACCUUGGACAACAUCUCCCUGAAGUUCAAGCCCCGGCAAUUGGUCGCAGUCAUUGGUCCAGUGGGCUCCGGAAAAUCCAGCUUGAUUCAGGCUGUGCUGGGAGAACUGAAUCCCGACUCGGGAUCAGUGAAGGUCAACGGCACUCUGUCCUACGCCUCCCAGGAACCUUGGCUCUUUACCGGCACCGUUCGCCAGAACAUCCUCUUUGGCCUGCCCAUGGACAAGCACCGCUAUCGCACCGUGGUGAAGAAGUGCGCCUUGGAGAGGGACUUCGAGCUGCUGCCGUAUGCGGACAAGACCAUUGUGGGUGAACGUGGAGCUUCGCUCUCCGGCGGUCAGAAGGCGCGUAUUAGCUUGGCCCGAGCUGUUUACCGGAAGGCGGAUAUCUACCUGCUGGACGAUCCCCUUAGUGCCGUGGACACGCACGUUGGGCGCCACUUAUUCGACCAGUGCAUGAGGGGAUUUCUGCGGGAGGAAAUCGUACUACUGGUGACCCACCAACUGCAGUUCCUGGAACAGGCCGACGUCAUUGUAAUCAUGGACAAGGGUAAGAUCAGUGCAAUGGGCACCUACGAGUCCAUGUGCAAGAGCGGUCUGGACUUUGCCCAGAUGCUGACGGAUCCCAGCAAGAAGGACGAGGGCGCCGGCGAUGCUCCGGACAAGAAGAGCCUUUCCCGACAAAAUAGCAAACUGCGAGACCGGCACGGCAGCAUCUCGUCCAUGGAGUCCACCGCCGAGUCCUUGGCAGCGGAGUCGCCCAUGCAGACGCAGGAGGCUCGCGUGGAGGGUCGCAUCGGAAUGAAGCUCUACAAGAAGUACUUUGGGGCCAAUGGCUAUGGACUGUUUAUUGUGUUUGCCUUCUUCUGCAUCGGUGCUCAGGUACUAGCCUCUGGUGGUGACAUCUUCCUAUCUUACUGGGUCAACAAGAAUGGCGAAGCUGAGCGGGACACAUUUAUGGCUCGUCUGCGACGCGCCUUCCCCCGAACCCGUAUCAACGCAGACACGGACCCCAUAGACAUCUACUACUUCACUGGCAUCAACAUUUCCGUCAUCGUCUUCUCCCUGGUUCGGAGCAUGCUCUUCUUCUACCUGGCCAUGCGCAGCUCCACGACCCUGCACAACACAAUGUUCCAAGGCGUGACCCGGGCGGCAAUGCACUUCUUCAACACGAACCCCUCCGGCCGUAUCCUGAACCGCUUCUCGAAGGACUUGGGACAAGUGGACGAGAUCCUUCCGUCCGUGAUGAUGGACGUUAUGCAGAUCUUCCUCGCCAUCGUGGGUAUAGUGGUAGUGCUGUGCAUCGUCAAUGUCUGGUAUAUUCUGGCUACCAUCUUCCUGGUCAUCAUUUUCUACAUACUGCGAGUCUUUUAUCUGAACACGUCCCGAGAUGUUAAGCGUCUGGAAGCUGUCACCCGAUCACCCAUUUACUCCCACUUGAGUGCCUCCCUUAACGGCCUUGCCACCAUCCGAGCGUUUGGAGCGCAAAAGGAACUGAUCGCGGAGUUUGACAACUACCAGGACAUGCACAGCUCCGGCUACUACAUGUUCCUGGCCACGAGCCGAGCCUUCGGAUACUGGCUAGACUGUGUGUGCGUCCUCUACAUAGCCGUUAUCACGCUGAGCUUCUUCCUGUUCUCCCCGGAAAACGGGGGAGAUGUGGGUUUGGCCAUUACCCAGGCAAUGGGCAUGACCGGUAUGGUGCAGUGGGGCAUGCGACAGUCGGCAGAGCUGGAAAACACAAUGACGGCGGUGGAGCGCGUUGUGGAGUACGAGGACCUGGAGCCGGAGGGCGACUUUGAGUCACAGCCGAAAAAGAAGCCGCCAAAGGACUGGCCGGAGGACGGAAAGAUCGUGUUCGACAACCUGUCGCUGAAAUACUUCCCCGACAAGGCGGCUGACUACGUGCUCCGAUCCCUGAACAUUGCGAUCGAAGGCUGCGAGAAGGUGGGCAUCGUGGGACGCACUGGUGCCGGAAAGUCCUCACUGAUCAACGCUCUCUUCCGGCUGUCCUACAACGAGGGCGCCAUCUUGAUCGACAGGCGCGACACCAACGAUCUGGGUCUACAUGAUCUGCGCAGCAAGAUCUCCAUUAUUCCCCAGGAGCCGGUGCUCUUCUCGGGCACCAUGCGCUACAACCUGGAUCCCUUUGACGAGUACAGCGACGCCAAGCUGUGGGAGUCCUUGGAAGAGGUUAAGCUCAAGGAUGUGGUGGCUGAUCUGCCCAGUGGCUUGCAAAGCAAGAUCUCCGAGGGCGGAACCAACUUCAGCGUGGGUCAGCGCCAGCUGGUAUGCCUGGCCAGGGCCAUCCUCCGCGAAAAUCGAAUCCUGGUCAUGGACGAGGCCACGGCCAACGUGGACCCGCAGACAGAUGCUCUCAUCCAGACGACGAUUAGGAACAAGUUCAAGGACUGCACAGUGCUCACCAUAGCACAUCGCCUGCACACGGUAAUGGAUUCCGACAAAGUCCUGGUCAUGGAUGCCGGCAGGGCAGUGGAGUUCGGCUCGCCUUUCGAGCUGCUCACAACUAGCGAGCAGAAGGUGUUCCACAGCAUGGUGAAGCAGACGGGCGACUCCACAUUCGAUGCUCUGCUCAAGGUCGCACAAAAGGCCCAUGAGGAGAACCUGCGGCUGAAGAAGGACUCUUGACAUUUCGCCGUUCCGAAGGCCUUCAAAGACUACAUACUUAAGAUACUGGAACCAAUUACGAAUCAUCCAGCGGCCAAUGCGGGCAUCCAGAAGACCUUCCUCUUUGCGGAGGCCUCCAAGCAGAAGUUAUUAGGAUAGCACAGUGGCAGCGGCGGCACCAGAAGCAAACAUCCGCACUGAGCGGCCGUCGUAGCAUUUUUUACAAUUUUAAUGUACAAAUCAAAUUGUUAGGUGUAAAACUAAAAAGCAAACGGUGGAAAUCAAACGGCAAGACAAUAAGCUGAAGUUGGAGGAGUAUAUGGCGGCGUCCACCAGCACAGUUCAAUCAGUGAUCCUUAGGUUUUGUUUUGAGAGAUGAUGGUGUAGGUAAUGGUAAAGACAAUAAGCCAACCCCCCUCCUGGUUCGAUUUUAUAAAAUAUCAAUUAUGGACUGUGCUGGUGAACGCCACCGAUGUUUUUAUACCUUUAAAGAAUAGAAAGAAGUGUAAUGAAAAUUGUGCAAUAAUUAAUUUUAGCUGAACUUUUUGCAGUGGCCUUCAAAAGGUCGCUUCGCAUUUGUAUUAUGUGUUCCAGUAAAACGACAAUAACAAUCCCAUAAAACAAACAAAAUCCCAAAAAAAAGAGAUGGAGAAUUCUAUGAAAUGUUACGCCUAGUAUUAAUAUAUAUGUGUGUGUUUUAUAGUAAUUUAUUAAUGUACAGGUACGCAAUAAAUGUAACAGCUCGGUUGGUUCUUUUGUUAA